ACAAACAACACGAGCCGAACACUGAAAAAAACUUGUUUUUAGUGUAGUGACCAAGUGGAUGCCGAAUAUUUAUCUUGGAAGCUUAUUUCUGUGAAUUGUUCAUUUUAUCUCUCAUCAGGACAAAACUUACUACCAUGAGUCGAAGGCGAGCGCACGAUAAUGAUGAUGGUUACGACCGAGCAUACAGGAAACGGCGCCGUGUAUCAGAAAACCAGGAAAUUGAAGAUCGUCUGGAAUCUCUAAUUUUACGAGUCGGAGAGAAGAGCACUGCUUCCAUUGAAAGUAACUUAGAAGGUUUGGCCAGUGUCUUAGAAGCGGAUUUAUCAACAUUCAGAGCUAAAGUGCUACGCAUUCUGACAGACUGCGCCAUAAAAAUGCCUGAAAAAUGCACCAUUUAUACAACUCUUGUGGGACUUCUUAACACCAAGAACUAUAACUUCGGUGGUGAGUUCGUGGAGCACAUGGUUCGCACGCUGAAAGAGUCAUUGAAAGCCUGCAACUGGGAUGCAUCGCGCUAUGCCCUUCGUUUCCUUGCUGACCUGGUGAACUGUCAUGUCAUCUCAGCGAAUUCUCUGAUACAGCUCCUUGACAACAUGCUAGAUGCUGCCAAAGAAGAUGGAGUUCCCAACGUGCGGAAGGGGUGGUAUGUGUUUGCAGUUUUGUCUUGCCUACCUUGGGUUGGCCGUGAGCUGUAUGAGAAGAAGGAACAAGCCUUGGAGAUGCUCUUAAUGAACAUUGAUGUUUACUUGAACAAGAGGCCGAAGAAGCACGUGCCAGCUCUGAGAGUCUGGGCUGUUGAUGAACCACAUCCUCAGGAAGAAUAUCUGGACUGUCUCUGGGCUCAGAUAAUGAAGCUAAAACAGGAUAACUGGGCAGAAAAGCACAUCCCUCGUCCUUACCUGGCAUUUGACAGUAUUCUUUGUGAAGCUCUGCAGCACAAUUUACCAACUGUUCUUCCUCCGCCUCACCACGAUAGCUAUGAGUAUCCAAUGCCGUGGGUUGUUUUCCGAAUGUUUGACUACACCGAUUGUCCAGAGACACCAGUUUUACCCGGAGCGCACUCAAUUGAACGGUUUUUGAUUGAAGAGCAUUUACAUCAAAUUGUCGAAACAUAUCACUGGGAAAGGAAAGACUGUGCUGCUCACUUAUUGAAUUUCACCCACAAACUAAAGAUACCUUUGGAAUAUUGUAUAGUAGAGAUUCUUUUCGCCGAAUUGUUCAAUGUACCUGCGCCUCGUUACCUGGAAAUAUUUUAUGGAUCAACCCUAAUCGAGCUGUGCAAACUGCAGCCUAGCACUCUACCUCAAGUUCUUGCUCAAGCAACUGAAAUAUUGUUUAUGAGGAUUGAAAGCAUGAAUGUCACCUGUUUUGACCGAUUUGUGAACUGGUUUGCAUACCAUCUUAGUAAUUUCCAGUUUCGAUGGAGUUGGGAGGAUUGGGAUUGCUGUAUCGAGAGAGAUCCAGAACAUCCGCAACCAAAAUUCAUUAGAGAAGUUCUAUUGAAGUGUCUAAGGUUAUCCUACCACCAGCGAAUCACAGACAUGGUUCCUCCAUCAUUCCAGAAAUUCAUCCCACCAGAGCCUGUUCCCAAGUACAAGUACCACGCAAAUGAAGAUACAAUAUAUUUACCUGGCGUGCAAGUUGCAACGCAGUUGAUGAAGGCAAUCCGAGAGAAAUGCACCCCGGAAGAAGCAGCUGCUCUGUUGGCGGAACUGCCCAAUCCAUUGCAAGAUGAGGAUGGAGAUGCCCGACUGAACCCUCUGAAAAUCGAUGUCUUCGUCCAAACGCUAUUGUUUCUAGCUUCAAAAAGUUUCUCGCAUGCCUUCGCUGCAAUUUCGAAGUUCCACAUAGUUUUUAAGGCCCUUGCUGAGUCAGAAGAAGCCCAAAUAUGCAUCUUGCGAAGUUUAUUUGAGCUUUGGAGGAACCACCAACAAAUGCUUUGUGUCUUGAUCGAUAAAAUGCUCAAGUUGCAAAUUGUCGAGUGCUCUGCAGUUGCUAAUUGGAUCUUCUCCAAAGAAAUGUCCUCAGAAUUCACGAAAUUGUACUUAUGGGAGAUUUUACAUUUGACGAUCAAAAAAAUGUCCAAGCAUGUUUCGCGACUUGGUAGAGAACUUGGCGAAACUCGGGAGAGGUUGACACGUGUCGAAUCCGAUGACAGUGAAGAAGAAAGCGAUGGGGGCACUGGCACCUCAAAACGGAAAGAAGACAAACCGACUGAAGAAAUUGUUGAAAGAAUGGAAGAAAAAUUAGAGGUUGCUCAGGCGGACCAGAAAAAUUUGUUCCUUAUUAUUUUCCAAAGAUUUAUCAUGAUCUUGUCCGAACACCUUGUGCGGUGUGAUACGGAUGGCAUUGAUUUUAACACGUACUGGUACAAGUGGACCAUAGGCAGACUACAACAAGUAUUUUUGACGCACCAUGAGCAAGUUCAGCGAUACAGUAACACUCUGGAAACACUUCUCUUUACGCAAGAUCUUGACCCGCAUAUCCUGGAUGUUUUCCACCAGUUCAUCUCUCUACGAGCAUAAAAGGUAUUUUAGCCCAUAUUUGAUUCAGAAUGAUCGUUAUCAGAAUAUUCAACUGGUAAUAAUCAUAUUUUUUAUAUUCAAGGAACCCACUUGACCAUAGUAUAUGACGUAUUGGUCUUUUAAAGACAUAUAUCAAAGGCAACUUUCACUUUCCUUAAGGAUUGAAACACAACUCUGUCAGCUCAAAUUCUUUCACUUACUGAAAAUUCCAAUCAUGUGUUCAGACUGCUCUUAUGAUUUUAAUAUGCAAAUUGCCGUAGGCGACUUGAGAAAGUUUGUGCCACUGUCACUCUUUCAAGCAGCAGUGCCAACAAGACCACAACAUUGGCGCUCUUCAGCAAAGAUGCAUAAGAAUUCAUAGUUCUGCAAACAUUUUUGCAAGUAGCAUGCAAAGGAACUGCCAGAUAGAGUAGGGCCUCAAAGAACUAGAACACAUGUUUUCUCAUCAUAAUGUCAAAUAAAACAUGAGUGACUUAUUGAAUGUUUAAAAUUUAAUUGAGGAGUUAUAAAUUAGAAAAUUAAGUUUCGGGUAAUUCAAACCUCUUGCUUGCAUAAAAACCAAAGGCCACUUGAGUCAAAUCGAUCUCUGAAUCAAUUUCAGCUUGCUUUACAGUAAAAUAAUUUUGUACCGAGUUUUGAUUUUUACUAACAAUAAGUUGAGAAACUUCAAGCAUCAAAGAAGAGAGGAUGGAUAUGCAUCAAUUCAUUCAUUUGUCCAUCCAUUAUUAUACAACCUUUUAUUUAUUUUCUAUUUUAUAAAAGGUAGGAAUCGUCGCAAAUUAAGUUGUUAAUUUUUUUGGCGACUGAGUCAGCUGCAUAGCAUGAUCACACAACAUGUUAAUGAAAAUUUGUUUUAAUUUUACUGUUUUAUCUUGGUUUUUCCAAUCCAUUAAAUCUUACUUUAUCUUUUCAUUCGUUUCGCCAGUUAUGUUUUUUCCUCUAAUUUCUUUCAAUUUCCACAAUAUCAAAGUGUAUAUAUGUGUAUUUUCUAUCAAUUUUUGAGAAUUUUUUGCAUGGAAGGCUCUAUGCAAGGAUCCUCAAGGAAUAAUAGUAUUUCUUACAAUUGAAAAUUCUUGAAUAAAAUAUAAAAUUGCAGUAUCAUAUCUUUCCAUUUUCAAUUUCGAAAGUUAUUGAGCAAUAAAAUUACAUCUUUUUACAUCUUGAGUCCGAGCUAUUUUUUGCAGAGUUUUUGAGUCCUAUUAGAAUCCCAUUUUGUCCCAUUAAGUUUUAAGUUAUGAAGUGUUUAAACAAUAUUGCAUCAUUUGACAUGAUUUGCUCAUAACUACUUUUUUUAUCGGCCAUUCCCGCCCUUUCAAGGUUUGAACAUUGUUUUUUUUUUUUGCUAUUUUUAUUUUUGUGGUCAAUGUACAUUUAGCUAGAAUUUAUCUCAACUGUUUAAAUAAUAUGGUUGAACUGCGUUUUUACUUUAGUUUUACAUAAAAAAUGUUAUGCCCUGUAUAAUAUCUGUAAAGGUAAUGAAUUACGUCCAUCCUUUUCUUGUAAGCUGAAUGUAACAUGCUAAGUCUGCUUAAAGAGCUUGGUAGGAUAUUUUUUGCUCUGGGAUUUUUCGUACUCAGCUUUGUAAGAUUUUAGUCUUUAUCUUAGUCUCGUUUCGUAAGAAUUAUCCAUGAAUAUGGUCCAUUCAGAUGUUGCACCGGUUGACUAAAAACAUAUAGUUUUGCAGCAAAAUUUCCAUGCUUGAAUUUCAUGUUUUCCCAGUUGAUCCGAAAAUAAUCCAUCCAAAGAGUCAGAUCUUACCCUAUCAAAAGCAAAGAUGUUAAAUUUAGUGAGAAAUUAUCCUUUUCUAACCUUUCGAGGAUAAGUUGAGUAAAAGUUGAUAUUCUACCAAUGGAGCCCCCAGACUUUCCUGAUACGUCAGAAUCAUGAAACCAGGCUCUGCUCAUUUUCUUCUUUUGGUCAGUAUGUAACGGUAUACUUUGUUCCGUAAGUCUCUACUGUGAUAACCUUUCAGCAUCGCUGAGAGGAAUCGUGCGAUUUUGAAUUACUUUGGUGUAUAGCUAUUCAUUUCAAAGCACGGCCCUAAUAAUUAAAUUUCAAGUUUGUUAUGAUCAUUUAAAUGACUAUGUUAAUUUAUGUACUAACUAAUGAUGUAUGUAGUUAUUAUAAGGACUGUAAGGCUCUCAAAUUUUCAGUUUUUGGCUAAAUUUCAUAUUAAACCAGAGGCAUCUUUCAA